AUGCUAUAUAGAUUGCCAAAAUUGAAGAAUGUGUGGAGCAAUCAUUGUCAGGGAUAUGUCUCCUUCCCAAGUCUAAGGAAUGUAUCUGCUUACGAUUGUGAAAGCCUCACAAGUAUGUUUCCUGCAUCUAUAGUCAAAGGUGUGCUUCGUGAUCUUGAACAGCUUCAUAUAUCUGAUUGUGGUAUAGAGGUAAUUGUCGCAAAAGAUCAAGUUUCAGAAUCUGUUACUUCUACAUUUGAGUUUCCUAGGCUGACUUCCCUCGAGCUUUCUUUCCUUCAAAAUUUGAAGAACUUCUAUCCACAAAGACACACAUUAGAAUGGCCACAACUUCGGCAAUUAUCUAUUAGAUAUUGUGAUGAAAUAGAGAUAUUUGAAAAGGAAGUCUCAAGUUCACCAGAAAUACAUGAGGAAAAGAGCACAUUAGACUCAAAAUAUCUUCUACUGUCCCAUGACAAGGAUAUUCGUAAUUUGGAGGAGUUGAGAUUGGAUGGUAAAGGAGCUGAGAUGAUAGGGAGUGGCCACUUUCCAACAUACCACUUCCCCAAAGUAAAACUGCUCGAUCUAUCUGUACAAAAAGCCACAACUAUAUCAGGAGUUAGAGUUGCGUGGUGA